CGUCGUUGACUGUUGACAGCCCGCAGGAAGUCCGCAGGAAGUCCGCUACCGUGUUGUUCUUCGAGCAGCUUCGAUUUUUCCUCUAUUUUUAAUUAAAAAACAAAAAACAAACAAACCCUGCAACCACCGUGAAGCGGCGGCACAUGACGGGAACGAUGGAGUAUCACAACGGAAACGAGGGCUCAUUUAACUCUGAAGAAGCUGAUAACAUUGUCAAAGAGUGCAUCGAGAAUAUCUUGGGUAGUGACGACUACAGCCAGAGUCUGGUGAACAAAUGGACCGCCAGCAUUGUGGAGCGUUGCCUCACGCAGCUGGUCAAACAGGGGAAACCGUACAAGUACAUCGUGACGUGCGCUGUGAUGCAGAAAACAGGCGCAGGACUCCACACAGCUAACUCCUGCUACUGGGACACUGCCAUGGACGGAAGCUGCACUGUGAGAUGGGAAAACCGCACUAUGUACUGUGUGGUCAGUGUGUUUGCUGUGGCUGUCGCAUAGGACACACACACACACACACACACACACACACACACACACACACACACACACGACCACCACUACCGCCAGAAGAGGAAUGCAGUGUGUCCCUAUGAACAGCAGGGGGCCACCAAGUGCCACAGAGUUCACACCCAUGCAGCUGUUUGAGCGCCUCAAAGCUUGACCUUUAACCUCUGAGGAACAGCUGCAGAGAAGAAAACAGCUGGAUUUCCUUCAGCUUUUUCAGCCUUCAGAUGCACGUAACAUCAUGAUGUUAAUGUAUUUAUCUUCUCAUGUCACUGCAGUGCUUUAAUAGCUUCACUUUAGUUCUCCAUGUGUCACUGAUGCCUGACAGAAGCAGCUGUGUGCAUCGCAUCCAGUGUUUUCCUUCUCAGUUCAUUGUGUGGAUCAUGUUAGCCAGAGAAAAAGACUUUUGUACUCGGAUGUUUGCUGCAGCAAAAUAAACGGGAGAUUUCUGAACAACA